UGUCAUUCAAAUUUAUAACGUUACACAGGUAAUACUGGUCGAUAUUGAAAUAAAAGGUACACUAUUAAAUGAAAUAAGUCUUAGCGUGUUGGAUAUAAACAUUUGGUGUAUUACAAGAAACAAAACACAUCAACAAUUCAAAAUUCAACCAUGGAACGACAACAUUGGUGUUCAUUUUGUCUUAUCCCUUUUAAGAAUGAAUUGAGUUUAAGAGCUCAUCUUGACAUCCAUGCAAAUCAACCACCAGUUCCUUGUAGUCUGUGUCCAUUAACAUUUGUACAUCAUAGUCAAUUAGGAAAUCAUAUCAGAUAUAGGCAUUCGGAUUGUAUCGUCAACAAGUUUGUUGAAAUUGCCGAAAGUAUUUGCAAACAGAAUAUAGCAGACAUCACAACUGAAAUAGAAUCUGAAUCCGAAUGGACAGAGAGUUCUGAGGAAGAAGACUCUAUAGCAAGUAGUGAGGAAGGAGAAUUUUUGGAAGAAAACUAUAAAAUGGUCAAUACAGACUCUGAAAGUGUAGAAGAGCCCGUUGAAAACAUUUCGAAUGAAAUGAAAUACAUCUUAGCACAAAAUGGGAAUGAUGCUUCUGACAAUGAAAAUCCUGUUAGCGAAUUUGAUUUGAAAGGAAUCAAUACCAAAAAUAUGAAUGGUUUUAAUGGACGUUGUGACAAUGCAAUUAGUUGUGAUGUUUCAUUUCUUGUCAAAUUAGAAAGGGAAAAAGCAGGAAGACAUUUUUUGAAUGUCACAAGAAAGUUUCCUAAUUUAGAAGACACGUUACCUCUUACAUCUCAACGACACACAUCACUACAGCACACGAAGUCGGCGUUCUUUAAUUCAGAUGACGCUUUGUAUACUCAAAGAACUAGUUAUAAUUUUGAUGAUGGAGAUAAUGACCCUUAUAUAAGAGAUGAGUAUCAAAAUAAAAAGACUUCAGUACAGACAAAUGAAGAUGUAGAGCAAACCCCAUGGGAUGACGAGGACAAAGAUGAACUGAAUAAUGAUCAGAACAAAGCAAUGCUAGUACAGGAUGAUGAUCACGAUGGAGAACAAUUAAUAGCAGUAAAUGAAGAUAAUGAGCUCGCAGUAGCAGACGUGGUAUACAGUUCUGGACAAGCAGGUAGAUAUGAAGAUAACAUAGAUGUUCCAAAUUAAUAAUAAUAGAGUGAUACAUCAAGUUCAACGGUAUUGGUGCAGCUUAUCAAGCCGAUCUAGUGAUGACUUUGCUACCAGACGGCGAUGAUGUCAUUAAUCGGCACACUAUUACAGUUCAACCAUAAGUUCUUUGUCAGAAAAAACGACAGAAUUGAACAAAACAAAAAGGGGGAGAGGAAAGACCUUGAAAUCGUCAGAUAUACUUGCAACAUGUGUGCAAAAAUUGUCCAACGACUUUUUAACAGAUAUUUCGGAGUGAGCGUUAGAAAAGUUGUAAGAAUGAGGAACAGGUCAAGCAACUGUAAAAAUAGUUUAUAUAAUAUAGUUGCAUUGAGAGAACCUGACUGGCACUUUUAUGAACAAAUAACAGAUAUUUUUGGACCGUUGGAGAAAGUGAAAACAAGUCAAACAACUGUAAAAAUAGUUUACCUAAUAUAGAUGCAUUGAGAGGUAUGAUUGAUUUUGGUUGAAAAAAGAAAAUUAAGUGGUCACGUAAAACAAAUCACAUACCAAACCAAUAUUAAAUAAAAAAAAAGAAGUUUUUCUUGAUUUUGAGUAAAGACUUCACAAACUUGCAAAAUAAAACAGAAUUUGUAGAAACUUGAUCAGCACUUUUAUCAAUUUAUCAGGUGUCUAAUGAGCAUUGAAAAUAUUAUUUGUUGCAAACAAUAAAUUGUAAAGACAUUCGAGAAACAACAAUUGAUUUUUUUUUGGCUAAAACUCUUAAGAGAAAAAUAUAUAAUAUAUGUUUGUCACGUUAUAAAUGGAUUGGUCGCUUCAACAAUUUACAAUUCUUAACAAGUUUUAUUAUGGCUCAUUCCAGGAAAAACCUUGAAAUCGUCAAAUAUACUCGCAAAAUGUGUGUAAAAAUUGUCCAUUUUAAAAACAAAGGAAAAUUAAAUGUCACGCACAACUUACAUGCAAAAGCAAUGUCAAAUAAGAAAAAAAAAAAACAGUUUUUCUUACUUUCGAGUGAAGUCUGCAAAACAUUUCGAAUAAUAUUACCAAAUUUGUAGAAGACUGAUCUGCUUUUUUAUCAUCACGUUUUUCUAAUGAGCAUCAAAAAUAUAAUUUGAAGUUGCAGACAAUAAACUGUAAACACAUACAAGAAAAUAUAACAAUACUCUUACGGAUUGAUCUAUUUUUGCAAAAAUACUUAAUAAAAAAAUAUAUGUAAUAUAGUUUUGUUAGAUUACAAAUUUAUCGCUUGCUUAAACAAUGUACAAUUUUUUACCAGUUUUUUUAUUAAUAUUUCCAGGAAAUUAUUUAAAUUGUCAAAUCUACUCGCAAAAUGUCUUGAAAAAUUAUCCAGCGACUUUUUUAACAGAUAUAUCCGAGUGACCGUUAAAAAAGUUGUAACAAUGAAGAUCAAAACACGAAACGGCAAAAAAAGUUUACCUAAUAUAGUUGCAUUGAGAGGUAUGAUUUAUUUUUGGUUGAAAUAUCAAAUGAAAGUUUAGAGCAACUUACAUGCAAAAGCAAUGUCGAGUAGGAUAAAAAGACAUUUGUUCUUGAUUUCGAGUAAAGUUCCCAAAAAACCUUGAAACAUAUUACCAAUUUUGUAGAAAAUUUACCAGCGCUUUUAUCAACAGGUCUUUCUAAUGAGCAUUAAAAAUAUUAUUAGAAGUUGCAAAGAAUAAAUUGUAAAGACAUUAGAGAAACAACAAUUGAUUUAUUUUGCAAAAUAUAUCAAUAGAAAAUAUAUAAUAUAGUUUUGUCACGUUAUAAAUGGAUUGCUUGCUUCAACAAGUUACAAUUCUUAACCAGUUUUUUUUAUUAUUAUUUCCAAAAACAAUAUCAAAGUAUUUCAGACGUUAAAAGAAUUUUUUUUUUAUUUCGAGUAAAUCCUUCACAAACCUGGAAAAUAAUACAACAUUUGUGAAAACUUGAUCAGCGCUUUUAUCAACAGGUUUUUCUAAUAAGCAUUAAAAUGUUAACUUGAAGUUGCAGACAAUUUAUUGUAAAGACAUUCGAGAAAAAAUAACCACAUACCUACCGGUUGAUUUAUGUUUCAAAAACGCUUAAUGGAGAAAUAUAUACAAAAUUGUGUUACAUUAUAAAAAAGGAUUGCUUGAUUCAUCCAUAUACAAUUCUUUCCCAGUUUCUUAUUUAUUAAUUCUAGGAAAGUCUUUGAAAUCGUAAAAUAUAUUUGCAAAAUGUGUGCAAAAACAGUUUUUUCUUGAUUUCGAGUAAAGUCUCCGACGAAAAAUUUUGAAUGAUAUUAUCAAAUUUGUAGAAACUUACCAACACUUUUAUCAACAGGUUUUUCUAUUGAGCAUUAAAAAAAUUAUUUGAAGUUCAAGACAAUAAACUGUUAACACGUACGAGAAAAAAUUACUAUAUUCUUACGGAUUUAUCUGUUUUUGCAAACAUCACUUAAUCAAAAAAUAUAUAAUAUAGUUGUGUUAGAAUAUAAACUAUUUAUUGCUUAAAGAAUGUACAAUUCAUUACAAGUUUGUUUAAAUAAUUCCAUGAAAAUCUUUUAAAUCGUCAAAUCUACUAGCAAAAAGUGUGGAUAAAUUGUCAAGCGACUUUUUAAACAGAUAUAUCCGAGUGACCGUUAGAAAAAGUGUUAACAUGAAUAUCGAAACACGAAACUGCAAAAAUAGUUUACCUAAUAUAAUCGCACUGUGAAGUAUGAUUUAUUUUUUUUCGAAAAAACAAAGGAAAAUUAAGGGGUCACGCAGAACUUACAUGCAAAAGCAAUGUCUUUAAAACUUUAAUUUAAUUUACCUUAUUUUCAAACAUUUACAUACUUCACAGCUACAUGUGAGACCACAAUCAUAAAAAAAGAUGAGUUGAUAAUAUAUUUCGAUCAAACUGACUUCCGAGUAACGGGCGAACCACUGAAUAAACAUGUAAUGUGAAUUGAAAUUUACAUUAUACGCGCUUCUUAUACUAUGUUCCUAAUUUUGUCAUUUUUUUAAAGGGAGACGGAUUUAUAUAAGUUAUUCUUGUUUCCGAAUCCCAGAAUUUAUAUUGUAUAAUUGUAUUUUGUGCACUUUUGAAAAUAAAAUAUUGUUUAGACUAAAAGCAAUGUCGAAUAACAAAAAAAAAAAAACCAAAAUAAAAAAGUUUUUCUUGAUUUCGUGUAAAGUCGCUGAAAAUUUUGAAUGAUAUUAUCAAAUUUAUAGAAACUUACCAACACUUUUAUCAACAUGUUUUUCUAAUGAGCAUUACAAAUACUAUUUGAAGUUGCAGACAAUAAACUGUAAACACGUACAAUAAAAUAUAACAAUAUUCUUACGGAUUGAUAUAUUUUUGCAAAAAACACUAAAUAAAAAAAUAUAUAAUAUAGUUUUGUUAGAUUAUAAAUUUAUUUAUUGCUUAAACAAUGUAAAUUCUUUACCAGUUUUUUAUUAAUAAUUCCAGGAAAAUCUUUUCAAUCGUCAAAUCUACUCGCAAAAUGUAUAAAAAAAUUGUCAGGCGACUUUUGCGUAUUAAAUUUUAAAGCUGGUACCUUUUGUUAGCUAUUAUUCGUAUGUUUCUCUGUGUCCUAUAUGUUCUCCCAUUUAUUUUUAUUGUAGUCCUGUCAUGUAAUGUUGUCAUUUUAAUGUUAUAUUUAACAUUGUCAUAAAAGCGGGAGGUUUGGCUAGCCACAAAACCAGGUUCAACCCACCAUUUAUUUCUUAAAAUGUCCUGUACCAAGUCCAGAAAAUAGCCAUUGUUAUAUUAUAGUUUGUUUCUGUGUGUGUUGCAUUGUCGUUUGUUGUUUGUUCACUUCAGUGUUUCUAUUGUUUCGUUGUCCAAAUGUACUCUAUUGUAUUGUCUAUUUGCGUAAUUCUCUGUCCGUAAUGUUGUACUGUAUUCAUGUCAUGUAAUGGUGUCAUUUUAGUGUUAUAUCUAACAUUGCCAUAAAAGUGCGAGGUUUGGCUAGCCACAAAACCAGGUUCAAUCCACCAUUUUUUUUCUUAAAAUGUCCUGUACCAAGUCCAGAAAAUGGCCAUUGUUAUAUUAUAGUUUGUUUCUGUGUGUGUUACAUUUUAAUGUUGUGUUUCUGUUGUGUCGUAGUUCUCCUCUUAUAUUUGAUGUGUUUCCCUCAGUUUUAGUCUGUAACCCGGAUUUGAUUUUUUCUCAAUCGAUUUAUGAAUUUCAAACAGCGGUACACUACUGUUGUCUUUAUUUUUAACAGAUAUAUCCGAGUGACCGUUAGAAAAAGUGUAAGCAUGAAGACAAAACAAGAAACUGAAAAAUAGUUCAACUUAUAUAAGUGCAUUGAGAAGUUUGAUUAAUUCUUUUUCGAAAAAACAAAGGAAAGUAAAGUGGUUGUGCACAACUUAUAUGCAAAAGCAAUGUCGAAUAAGAAAAAAAAAAAGCCAGUUUUUCUUGAUUUCGUGUAAAGUCGCCGAAAAAAAUUGAAUGAUAUUAUCAAGUUUGUAGAAACUUACCAACACUUUCAUCAACAGGUUUUUCUAAUGAGCAUUAAACAUACUAUUUGAAGUUGUAGACAAUAAUCUGUAAACACGUUCGAGAAAAUAUAACAAUAUUUUUAUGGAUUGAUUUGUUUUUGCAAACAUCACUUAAUAAAAAAAAAAUAUAAUAUAGUUUUGAUGGAAUAUAAAAUUAUUUAUUGCUUAAAGAAUGUACAAUUCUUAACCAGUUUGUAUUUUAAAAUAAUUCCAGGAAAAUCUUUUAAAUCGUCAAAUCUACUCGCAAAAUGUGCGGAAAAAAUGUCAAGCGACUUUUUUAACAGACAUAUCCGAGUGACCAUUAGAAAAAAUGUAAGCAUGAAGAUUAAAACAAGACACUGAAACAAUAGUUUACCUAAUAUAAUUGCAUUAAGAAGUUUAAUUUAUUUUUGGUAGAAAAUAACUAAGGAAAAUUAAGUGGUCGUCCACAACUUACAUGCAAAAGCUAUGUCGAAAAGGAAAAAAAAAGUUUUUCUUGAUUUGGUGUAGAGUCGCUGAAAAACUUUGAAUGAUAUUAUCAAAUUUGUAGACACUUACCAACACUUUUAUCAACAGGUUUUUUCUAAUGAGCAUUAAAAAUACCAUUUCAAGUUGCAGACAAUAAACUGUAAACACGUACGAUAAAAUAUAACAAUAUUGUUACCCAUUGAUCUAUUUUUGCGAAAAAACAAUUAAUAAAAAAAUAUAUUAUAUAGUUUUGUUAGAUUAUAAAGGUAUUCAUUGCUUAAACAAUGAACAAUUCUGUACCAGUUGUUUAUUAAUAUUUCCAGGAAAAUCUUUUUAAAUAUCCAAUCUACUCGCAAAAUGUAUGAAAAAAAUGUCAAGCGACUUUUUUUAGCAGAUAUAUCAGAGUGACCGUUAGAAAAAGUGUAAACAUGAAGAUCAAAACACGAAACUGCAAAAAUAGUUAUCUAAUAUAAUUGCAUUUAGAAGUAUGAUUUAUUUUUUUUCCAAAAAAAAAAAAAGGAAAAUUAAGUGGUCAUGCACAACUUACAUGCAAAAGCAAUGUCGAAUAAGAAUAAAAAACCCAGUAUUUCUUGAUUUCGAGUAAAGUCUCCGCGACAAAUUUUGAAUGAUAAUAUCAAAUAUGCAGAAACUUACCAUCACUUUUAUCAACAGGUUUUUCUAAUGAGCAUUAAAAAUACUAUUUGAAGUUGCACAUGAUAAACUGUAAACACGUUCGAGAAUAUAUAACAAUAAUCUUACGGAUUGAUCUUGCAAAAAAACAAUUAAUCCAAACAUAUAAAAUAUAGUUUUGUUAGAUUAUAAAUUUAUUUAUUGCUUAAAGAAUGUACAAUUCUUUACGAGUUUUUUAUUAAUAAUUUCAGGAAAAUCUUUUAAAUCGUCAAAUCUAUACGCAAAAUAUUUGGAAAAAUUGUCAAGACUCUUUUUCAACAGAUAUAUCCGAGUGACCGUUACAAAAAGUAUAAAGAUGAAGAUAAAAAAAAAAAACGAAACAGCAAAAAUAGUUUACUUAAUAUAAUACCAUUGAGAAGUAUGAUUUAUUUUUUUUUCGAAAAAACAAAGGAAAAUUAAGUGGUCACGCACAACUUACAUGCAAAAGUAAUGUCGAAUAAGAAAAAAAGCCAGUUUUUCUUGAUUUUGAGUAAAGUCUCCGCGACAAAUUUUGAAUGAUAUUAUCAAAUUUGUAGAAAUUUACCAACACUUUUAUCAACAGGUUUUUCUAAUGAUCAUUACAAAUACUUUUUGAAGUUGCAGACAAUAAACUGUAAACACGUACGAGAAAAUUUAACAAUAUUCCAACGGAUUGAUCUAUUUUUGCAAAAAUCACUAAAUCAAAAAAUAUAUAUUUAGUAAUAUAGUUUUGUUAGAUUAUAAAUUUAUUUAUUGCUUAAACAAUGUACAACUCUUUACCAGUUUUUUAUUGAUAAUUCCAGGAAAAUCUUUUAAAUCAUCAAAUCUACUCGUAAAAUGUGUGGAAAAUGGUCAAUCGACUUUUUUAACAGAUACUUCCGAGUGACCGUUAGAAAAAGUGUAAACAUGAAGAUCAAAACACGAAACUGCAAAAAUAGGUUACCUAAUAUAGUUGCAUUGAGAAGUAUGAUUUAUUUUGUUUCGAAAAAAAAAAAGGAAAAUUAAGUUGUCACGCACAACUUACAUGCAAAAGCAAUGUCGAAUAAGAAAAUAAAACACCGGUUUUUUCUUGAUUUAGAGUAAAGUCUCCGACAAAUUUUGAAUGAUAUUAUCAAAUUUGUAGAAACUUACCAACACUUUUAUCAACAGGUUUUUCUAA